AUGAAGUCCUGUCUCGUGAAAAUAUGCAGACUGUUUUGUUUAGUGUUGACUUUACCCCUGCGUCUAAUGGAGGUCAUGGGACUGUUCAGUUUGUACAAACGCGUAUUUCCCUUGUUGGCAUACAAUAUAACAUUUUCCUACAACGACAAGAUGCACGAAAUAAAGCGUGAGCUUUUCCGAAACGUGGGCAGGUUUGCCAACACCGACGGCACUCUUCGGUUGCUGGAGAUCGGUUGUGGUAGCGGCGCAAAUUUCAAGUUUUACCCGUACGGCUGCACAGUAGUCUGCACAGAUCCCAACCCGCACUUUGAGAAGUAUCUGCAGCGGAGCAUGGACGCGAACGCGCACCUGACGUACGAGAAAUUUGUAGUGGCGCGUGGGGAGGACAUGAAGCAGGUGGAGGAUGAGUCCGUGGACGUGGUGGUUUGCACCUUGGUGCUCUGUUCUGUAAGAAACGCGGUUCAGGUGCUGCACGAGGUGCGACGCAUUCUCAAACCAGUAAGUACAAGACGCUGCUGCGUUCAAGUGCUGUAGGAAAUCUAAUAUUUGUGAGUCCAUAGACUGAGGGUGCGACAGAGGUGUGGCUUGGUAAAGCUGCAAGAAGGAGUGGGCAGGGAUAGGGGCACAAAUAAAAUUCAGAUUUUUUUUUAUAUCUUAAUGAUUUUAAAUUGUUUUAAUUCCUUUUUAAAAUUUGCAAUAGAGGAGAGUGGGGUAAGUUGAGCCACCCCCUGUUGCUUGGAAAUGGUAAAAGAAAUUGAUCAUGUGACCAAAUAUUUAGGAGAUGGGCAUCAAUUCAUGGAGUCUGUGAAGGUUAGAAGCACAUGGGUGAAGGGGUGAGACAUUAAUAUACAAACAAACAUUUUUCACUCCUGAAAGUGAAUUUAGUCUGUCAUAAGUUUUAUUAGAAUUGUGUUCAGACCAAAAAAAGAUCAUUUGAAAUUUGUUUUAUACAUCAAUUGUGGUAUUUAUGAGCUACAACAUGAGGUCAAAAACCUUGCAUAAAAGUCCACCAUUUUAGCUUAGAGGACUAAUAAAGUCAUAAUAGUAGUUCUAGGGUAAGUUGAGUCAGUGGUUCAACCAAGAAAGUAAAAAAGUCUGAUGAGAGGAUCAGAGUUUCAGUUCAGAUUGUUGAAAUGUGUUACUUUUUCUUUUCAAAAAUACAGCUGUGAAUGUUCUGAAUCACUUGAAGACAUUCUCAUGUUAAAAUGACUUUUUACAAAACAGCUUUUAGCAUCUAUAUGCAAUAAUAAUAAAACGAACUAUUGUACCAGUUGAAUAGCGUAUAAUAGAUUAAAAAAUACACAUGAAUGUGAAGAAGUGACUGUUAUUUAGGGAGAGAGAAGGUGAGAGUGGGGGGGUAGUAGGGAUAUGGCUCAACUUACCCCACUCCUAUGGUCAUAAUAGUAGUUCAUAGUAGUAGUUACUAGUAGUUAAUAGUAGUUACUUACCCCAUGUAUGGGGUAAGUUGACCAUAGGAGACCACUUUUUUUGGCAAGCUAUAUUAUCAAGACAGUUCUGUUUACACUCAUUCUGUUUGUUUGCAGGGAUACACAACAUCUUUAAAUAUAUAUACAGAUACACUAGCUUGGCUGGGACAUCCAGUUGCAUGAAUCACCUGCCGGGGAACGGCAAGUGAUUCACGCAACUGAAUGGCCCAGCCAGACUACAGAAACACUAGUUAGAGACAAAACUAUGAUUGCCUUGAUGUAGUGAUCUGAAAUACGAAUAAUGGCUCAUCUUACCCCACUCUCCCCUAUAUUUCCUUUCAUCUGUAAGGCACUUUGAAUUACCUUGUGUAUGAAUGGUGCUAUGCAAAUAAACUUACCUUAACUUACUUGUUUGAAAAAAUGUUUACUUGGCUAACAGGACUAACUCUCACUAUCAGACUCAUUAAAGAGUGGAUGCCUUUAAAAAGUAAAAUACAUGACUUUCAUGGUAGUAGCCCAUCAGUCUGCUUUUUGUUUUGACUGAGUAAUAAAAAACUUACAAAACCUGAUUUGAUUUCAUAAUCUGCUUUCGUUGUCUCUCUGUUUCAGGGUGGGGCCUUCUAUUUUCUGGAACAUGUUGUUUCCGAUCCAGCUGCCUGGACUUACUUACUCCAGCAUGUCCUUGAGCCUUUUUGGUAUUAUCUUGGGGAUGGAUGUACAAUAACAAGGGCGACAUGGAAAGAUCUAGAAGCAGCUGGUUUCUCUGAACUUAACAUCAAACACAUCAAGGCACCAGGGGUGACUCUGGUGAUAAGACCACAUAUAAUGGGAUAUUCAAUUAAAUGACUGAAAGGCCAAACUUUGUGUCCUCUGAAUUGACUUUGACAUUCAUUCAAAGCAGUGGUCCAAAAUAUCGUGUUGAUAAAUGAAAAAAUAUCAGUUAAAUUGGCCGUAAAAACAGACAAAAAUGAUAAGCAUAGUCUGCACCCCAGUGAAGCCUGCAGGACCUUCUGACAUUUUUAUUUGCACUGAACAAAAAUACACCUAUCACCUGUUUUUCAGUGAAAAUAUAUUUAUUUACUUACAGAAUUAGCAACAUUUCAUACACCGUUUUUCUUUUCCCCAACCCCUCCCAAGAUGUACAUAAUAAAUAUUACCUGGACACUGUGCUUUUUUUCCCUGAUUGUCUAAGUAACUGCCAAAAAACAACGAUCAAACACCACUCACUGUCAGCGUUUCUGUUACCCUUUAUAUUCCAUUGCACAAUAGUUAGGAAUGACAGUUGUAACAUCUCCAUUGCAGGGAAAUGAGGAAAUCUGAUGGUUUACAAAAUAUAGAGGAAUUAUUUCUGUGUUGGAAGUGUACAGCCCAAAUCCUGCAGAUGCUGUUAGAUAAAAUAAAAAAAAAAAAUCUACAGCAACAUUUUAAAAACACAUGACAAAAGGGGACAUAAUUAGAAACUGAGACUCCAAGUUAAAGCUCACAAUUUCAAACCUCCCAGUAUUAAAAAUGUACAUAACUAUAAAUGUUAUAGCAUUAGCAUAAUUUUAAAAAAAACAGCAGGUGGAAAAAUUGCCAAUUUCUUGUUUGUUUGUUGAGUAUAUUUCACUGCCAUCACAUGUCACUUUAAUAUCAAACAGUAAAAAAAAAAGAGAGAGAGACAGAUCUCAGCCUGAAAUGAAGUGUUCCCAGAAACCCCGUUCACGUCCCACUGGUUGAGCUGAGACGUUCCCAGAUCACUCACACAUUGUGUAUUAACCUCCGACCUUUACUCAAACAUUUUAUCCUGUCUUAACACAAUAAAGGUCCUUUAAUGUUUUGAGUUCUUCGAUAAGUGUCUUGUUUUGGUUUUCAA